CUGGCACAUCAAGAACACGAUUAGUCGUAAAACGUGGGGGAAAACAAGGUCUCGGCUCAUUUAAAGAUAAAUCACUUGCCGUUUAUCCAUAAUGCAUUGGCCAAAGCAGCAAGAUAGGGCCACCUUAAUCCGAUAAAAGUAAUGAGUGAAAAAUCGUAGCAUAUAUUUGAUAUGGAUUGCGGUCGAAGGUGCAUAAAGAAAUAUCCGAUUCACCUGCCGAUUUGGCUCAGUGGCAUAUACGUCCGGAUGCAGCCAUGCACAUAUUGUCGCAGUGAAUUAACCGCCUUGUGCCCCGACUGCUCUCUGGAGACUUUAUAAAUGAGGAUAAUAUUCCGACUGCAGGUCUGUGGUUUCUUUUUUUCAUCCCAUAUAGCAGACGAUGGGUCUACAGGUACUCCAUUAGUGUCGGCAAUCGCAUAGUUUAAGACUGGGAUGGUUCAAUAGCUGUAUUGACAUUUCAAAAACUGUUAGCGCGCCCGUCCGGUCAGCUACAGAGUGAAGUUUAAGAAUCAGAGAAGAGUGUUUGGAUCUUGUAGAUUUUUUAUAUAGUAUAGGGUGGGGAAAGAUAGGACACUUUUUCAUUUUUUAUCGUUCCGUUGGUAGUAAACAAAGAACAUUCAAAGAGUUAUAAUAAUAAUAUGUACUAAAGGUGUUCCCACAUAGUACUAUCGUAAUUCAUAUUCAGGUGUAAAAUCUUAUAAUUUGAGCACCGGUUAAUGCUUUAGUAACGGUUUAGGAAAUCAUUUGACGUUUUUUCUGUAAGUUUGACAGUGUUUUUAGUUAUAGACCAUUGAUUUUAAAUGUUAGUGGUCGGGACUAAUGUUGCCCCUAUAGAAGUCGCGUAUCAAAUUGUUAUACUUAUUUUUAGUGUGUUUUAGCAUGAUUAGGCGUGAUAAAACAAGAUUGAAUUAACUUGAAUUUAGUCCAGACUUACAUACUAAUUUUGGUUGCCGUUUUCGGAUCAAGCAGCCUGCAAAGUGGGAUCACUGAGACCUCAUGUUAAAUUCACCUAUCGAAUCUGACCUGAAUCUGCCUGCCUUGAGUAAUGCGACGAAUGAAACUCGAGCGAGCAUGUUGAUGGCUGACAUAUUAAAACCUGAUGAAAAUGUCUCACGAUCAAGUUACGAGGAGUAUAUGACUGUCGCUUAUGUUGAAACCGACAACUUAAGACACAUUUCAAAUGUCAGUGAUCAACCGCAUGGUGGAACCAACGGGACAACGUCUGUCAAACAGAUAUCGACCGAAAUAAUUGUUCGCUUGGCAACCUCGGUUAUAUUUAGCUGCAUAGCGGCGUACAUCGCAAUUUCCCUCUCGGUCUACGAGUACAAAAUCCGGCGCCGGACACCGAAGCGACGCGUUGGUGUGGUAGCAGCAUUUAUAGUGCGUUCAGUAGCGGUCAACGGUACCGGUAACUCGGACCAGAUGGCGGCAAGGAUGAGGGCAUGCUCCAUCAUAAGUUCUAGCGCUGCAUGCGCCAUGUUCACCGGCAAAUUAGUUUACGAAUUACUUCACACAUUCUUCGACGGCUUCCACCAUUGCGAAGCAAUCACCAACACUAUUUUCGUUCUAAUGACGUCCUCGCUAAUAUCUGUAUACGUUCUCCUGUGGUUGCGCCAACGCUCGUUCUAUCUACACCCGUGUACAAGGCAUUUAGAGACUACAGCAGUAAGGUGGCUUAGCCCGCUAACUCUUGGCUGUAUAGUAGUCACUGGACUUUUGGUUCCCGCUCUUUUCGGUCUCGCUCGUCAUUACGAGGUUUCUAGAAAUGGCUGCCAUCUUCUCGAUGGAAGCCUAAGCUUCCACUUCGUAUAUUUAGUCGUAACGGCCGCGCUCUCUAUUGUAUUUCAUCUAUGCCUUCUUUACCUUUUUGUCCGCCCGAUUCUCACCCAUCGAAACAACGUACAAGGAGGUAUGAACAAUAUCAAAUCCCGGGGAACAGAAAGACUGAUAGCUGUUGUAAAAAGAGCGGUUGGAGUAACGAUAGUCUGCGUCAUCCUAGACGCUACCAUUGCAUCCAUAACCUUCCUAUCAGCCAACGAACCCGUACACACAAUUGUGGAAGACAUAAUAGUCCUUGCGAACAUUAUAGGCAUGCCGCUCACUUUUGUGGAUUGGAGGCGCCGUCUUAAUAUACCGAGAAUGAAAUUCUCACUGCGGAAAAGCUUUCGCCGGAGCACGAAGUCAAAUGCGUCUGGUUUAGCGUUGGCUACAAUCGAUCCCGAGGUUUACUAAUUAAGCCUUUUCAAGAUUUAUGACUUUUGUUUUAAUGCCAUCAUCUCGUUGCACAGUGUUUUAAUACGAACGUCAUUAAAUAUAAAACUUUAUAUCUAAAUCUGGAUAUCGAUGUUUUCACGAAUAAUAGGAGUAAUAACAGUUAUUCUCAUUUGCUGAAACAGUCGAUAUAUAGUGGGGGGAAAAGAUGAGACACUCUUUCAAUAAAUUUUCUCGUCCCA